AUGAUUGAGAAGUCCAACAACCCGUUCCUGAGCAUCGACCCGAUUGUGGACCGAGGAAAGGCGGAGGGAGAGGAGCUGCCGCUAAUCAGUUCGAAGGCCAAGCACCAUGUAGACUUCACGCAAAUAGUGGUAUACUUGGUUGGGCUGUCCGAUGGCCUAACCCAUUUGGCGUCACUAGCCAUAUAUUACCUGUUUAAGGAUUAUUUUCGCUUAACACCUUAUCAGGUGUCCCUCAUAUUAAUGUACCCCUACAUUCCGUUCAUCUUGAAGCCAGCCAUAGCGCUGAUCACAGACUCGGUGUCCAUAUUCGGAAUGAGGAGGAAGCCCUACCUGUUCCUUUUCAGCUUAUUCCAGUCGUUAAACUUUUUGGCUUUAGCAUUUCUACAGCUGUCCGUGUUUCAGGCUACAUUGAUCCUUUUUUUCAUAUCCCUAUGUGCGUCAUUCUGCACAACAGUGGCUGAAGCGCUCGUUGUGGAAAGUUCCAUUGGGAAGACCUAUUCCCAAGGAACAAACAAAGUGACUGAGUUUAUAGCGUCCAAAGCGAUAGGCAGCCUUUCCGUAGCGUAUUUUUCAGGAUACCUUCUCGAGAAAAUUUCAAGGGAAUACAUUUUCAUGGCAACGUCACUUUUCCCUCUUAUCAUUUCAUUGUCUUGUCUCUUCCUGAAGGAGAAGGAAUACACCUCUGAGAAGAGCAUAGUCAAUCAACUACAGGAUCUGAUCAAAUUUGUUAAUACGCCAAUUUUCUUGGGACCAUUUUUGUACAUUUUUGUAUACAUGUCUGGACCCGACUAUGACGAUGCCUUUUUUUUCUUCUGCACGAAUAAGUUGGGAUUCCGACCCUCCUUCAUGGGGACGUUAAGACUCACUUAUGGGAUCGCCUCUCUUAUAGGGAUAAUCGUUUACCGCUUGUUUUUAAAAAACCAAGGAUUGAAGAAGACCCUCAUUUUGACCACACUGAUAUCCUUCCCCAUUUAUAUUUCACCAAUCGUACUGACCGAGAAGAUAAACACCUACUUUGGCAUUUCCAACGAAUUGUUUGUCCUCAGUGGAGGCUUCCUAAUCGAAGCCAUUACAGAAGUACAGCUGUUACCACUUUUUAUAUUAACGGCAAAUAUAUGCCAGCCUGGUUUGGAGGCCAGUGUUUUCGCUACCAUUUUGAGCGUCAAAAAUUUGGGUUCUCUGACAAAGAAGGGCACCUCCUCCUUCUUGACCUACCUCCUAAGGAUAGAUAGCUACAAUUUUGACAACCUCAGUUUGUACAUUUUCAUUUGUGGCUUCUUCCUUCUUUUCUCCCUCACCUUGGUGCCUCUGCUGCCUGAGGAGGAGAAGAUCGAUAAGCUCAAAAACAAGCACACACAGCAGCUUCAGUCGUAG